AUGGAAAUUUGUGAUGAUAAUUUCAAUAGACCGAUUCUUACGAGAAGUCAAGUGCAGUAUAUAGUAAAUGAUUAUUACUCUAAUAUUAAGAGCAAGCAGGUUACAGUGGGUAAGGAGUAUACGUCGACAAAGAUCAAGUGGCAACCUCCAAAUAGAUAUUGGGUGAAAUUAAAUUCGGAUGGAGCUAACAGUUAUGGUUAUGUGGCGGGCUACAGAGGAAUUAUCAGGGAUGAUCGUGGAGGUUGCAAGGGAGGGUUCUCAAAAUUUUUAGGCAACUGCAGUACUGAGAAAGCUGAGCUCUGGGGAAUCUUUGCAGGGUUAUCUCUUGCGAAGGAUUUGGGUUGCAAUAAAGUUGAGGUAAACAUGGAUUUUAUCAAAACUAUAGAAAUGAUAAAAUCCGGUAAAGACAUGAACAUGGAUAGUUACACUUUAGUGAAGCAAAUAAUGGAAUUGAUGAGAUGGUUUAAAGAUAUUAAGCUAGUUCACACCUUCAGAGAAGCGAACCGUUGUGUGGAUGCCUUAGCUAAGUUUGGAGCAGCGAGUGGAAAUUUUUCUUUAUUUGAGCAUGAGGUUCCAACAUUUAUAAAACAUCUUUUAGAAACAAAUUGGCUAGGCACCUCCAUUGUUAGGAGAACUCUGUUGUAG